AUGUUCUUCGCAAUCCCGAGGUUCCCGCUCCUGGACUCGGCCCUCGACCUCGCCUCCCUCUCGCUCCUGUUGGUGCUCCUCCUCCUCUCCUCCCUCUCCUUCUUCUUCAUCUUCCACCUCCGCCUCAAGUCCCGAACAGCCCCGCACCUCAAGGGCUUCAACUCCCUCUGGACCGUCAAGCUACUCCUUGUCUCAUCCAUCACCCUGUGGGCCCUCGACCAGGUCCAACGGACUCCCUUCUUCCGCCGCCGCUACCUCUACCCAAACCCGUUGCCCCCCAACAGACAGGCCGACAUCUGCAGGCUCCACUCUGUCCUCUCCCUUGGUCUCUUCGAGCCUGCUUUCCUCAUCACCCUCCUGUUCCUUGUCAACGUCUCGAUCAAGAAACGGAACCCUCAGGCCAUCUGGGCUGUUGCCUUCGUGCUCGGGAUUUGUCUCCCCUUGGCUUCGAUUCAAUCCUUCUUCACCUACUUCUCUCCCGUAGGCCAGCAAUUGCCAGAGUAUUUCUUCCGGAGCUCGGUCCAGUUCAAGGACGCAUUCGGGAACGACACGGUCCUCUGCACGAAUCCUUUGCUCGGAACGGUCAUCUUCGGUGCCUUCGCGAUAACAUAUUGCUUGUGCUUCCUGCUUUCGUGUUGGAAGGUCGUCUCCCUCGUGAUCAACAAGGGUCUGAGGGCUCGGAUUUACGGUUUAGUCAUUGGGGUGCUGGUUCCCUUGCCCAUCCAAGUUGUGUUAUUGAUUAUUUCAGCAUUCUCGGCUCCCCAAAAGCCAGCAUUCGGAGGUAUAGCAUUCGGGAUCUUGGCAGGACCCUUGGUGUGCGCAGCAGUGGGCGAGGCCAUUUUGGUCCUCAACCCGAUCACCGACGCACUCGCAGUUGGAGGGGACUGCUGCCGGUGGAGCCCAAAGCCGGAGGAAGGGAAGGGAUCCACCGUGGGCCCUUAA